GGGCACCAGAGGAAUAACCCUUCACCGACGACUGUCGCUCAAGACUCCUGACAUUGCUGCAGCCAGGAAUCAUGAAUUACGCUCGGUUUCUGACAGCUGUCAGUGCAGCGAGAAAGCCUUCCACCAUCAGGAUGUUGACUGAGCUGCAGCUGCGGUCGCCUCCGUCACUGAUUUCUUUGGCCGGAGGAGCUCCUAACCCCAACACCUUCCCCUUCCAGUCAGCAUCCAUCACAGUGAAGAACGGGGAGACAGUCACCUUCGAUGAGGUGGCGAUGAAGAGGGCUCUGCAGUACUCUGCCUCUAAUGGAAUACCCGAGCUGUUGACAUGGAUGAAGGACCUGCAGAAGAACCUCCACAACCCACCGACCGCCAGCUACAGUCCUGAGAGAGGUCAGAUGGAGAUGUGUGUGACGACGGGGAGCCAAGAGGGACUCUGUAAGGUUUUUGAGAUGUUGGUUAGCCCCGGAGACAACGUUCUUCUGGAUGCACCCACGUAUUCGGGCACGCUCGCAGCACUACAGCCUCUCGGGUGCAACUGUAUAAACGUUGCCAGCGAUCAUCAUGGCAUGAUACCUGCAGCCCUUAAGGAAGUCCUGUCCCGAUGGGAUCCGUCAGAGGUCCACAAGCCUGGCAGCACCGCUCCAAAAAUCCUCUACACCAUCCCCAAUGGAGGAAACCCCACUGGUGCCUCCAUGACAACAGAGAGGAAGAAGGAAGUGUACGAGCUGGCCAGGAAGUACGACAUGCUCAUCAUCGAGGAUGACCCCUACUAUUUCCUACAGUUUGAAAAGUCAUGGGCUCCCACGUUUCUCUCCAUGGAUGUUGAUGGGAGGAUCAUCAGGACCGACUCUUUCUCUAAAAUUCUGUCUUCAGGGCUCAGGAUAGGUUUUGUGACCGGUCCCAAACCUCUCAUAGACCGGGUGGUGCUGCACAUCCAGGCUUCGACGAUGCACACAAGCACUUUCACGCAGCUCAUGGUGUCUCAGUUGUUGCACAGCUGGGGACAAGAGGGUUUCCUUCAACACAUAGACAGGGUGAAUGAAUUUUACAGGAAACAGCGAGACGCCAUGCUCAGCUCUGCAGACAAAUGGCUCAAAGAUGUAGCGGAGUGGCACGCACCAUCAGCAGGCAUGUUCCUGUGGAUGAAAUUGAAGGGCAUAGCUGAUACCCAGCAGCUGAUUAUGGAGAAGGCAUUGGAGAAAGAGGUACUGCUGGUUCCUGGAGGUUGCUUCAUGAUCAACAGUAGUGACCCUUGCCCCUACGUCAGAGCGGCCUUUUCUCUCUCCACACCGGAGCAGAUUGAUGAGGCUUUCAAGAGACUCUCUGCACUCAUCAAAGAUGCUUUGUGACAACGUAUUCGUCCCUGGCACAUGCUGGAUUUUCUGAACAUGUGGCUUUAGUGAAGAUUAGAUUUAAUAGUGUGUUCUUAUGAUCAAAAUUAGAGUGAUACAAUCCCCAAAUCAGGACCUACACAGAUCACCUAAAGGUUUGCUGACUGGGUAAAGAAGGUAUCUGAUAAUUAGAGUGAUGCACGCCCUCCUUAGUUUUUUUAAGCAGACAAAGAAUUGGGUACAAUACACCCUGAAAAUGUUUCGGGAAGUUCUCCUAAAUCUAGUUUUUCUAAAUCUAGCCUUGACCAAUCACAGAAACAUCGGUCUUUGUGAUGAAUUCAUGUUACCAAAUUGAUCAUUUUCCAAAGAAGAAUGAUCCAUUCCUUAGCAAGCAGGAGCAAAUGAUUGUGCUGCUGGUGUCUAAUACAUCCAUAAUCACAUUCAUCAGUACUUCAAGAUCAUCUUCAGACACAGCCAGGGUGCUAUCAAACAAAACCCUUUGUAUCUUGUUAGGACUAAAUCUUCUGAAGGGAAUCUAACUCCUGUCUGUUUCUUUGGUUUCUCCCUGAUGCAAAGAAAAGACACUGGCCUCUUUUCUUUUCAGUGCAGAUUUGAACAGAUUUAAUGUGUCCUGGCUUUUUGUAGUAAUCACAGAUAACCUCAAAACAAGGGGGGUGGUGAGCCUCAUUGGUCCUCUGUCUUCUGUUCUUUCUUUUUCUGGAACAGAAAAUAACAGGAAAGAAGGAAGUAAAGCUCAAGACGGAAGAGACAACUAACUGUCAGAGUAAACAGGAAAUGAAUAAUGACAGCAACUAAAGUAAGGAAACACUGAAGCAUGAAAGAAGUAAUAUCGAGGGAAACGGAUAAAGAUGAGAGAGAGGGAGGCACAGAAAAGGAAACACUGAAAACACUAAACACAAAUAAACUCAAAAUAGGAACUAAAACCAAAUGUGAAAAAACAAGCACUCUAAAAAUGCACAAACAAGAAUACAACAGGAACUAAAGCACGAGGUCCUGUAAUCAAAGCCUAACAGUAAUCCCACACUAAGAGCAGAGGAACAACAAUGAAAUCCAACAGAAAACACAAGAAUCCAAAACUCCAAAGAAACUCAGACCCCUGAAACCCAAACCAGGGUAACCAUGACGAUACAUCCUAAUGAAAAAUGGCUGUGAGACAUCAACAUAAGUUUGUCAAGCCUGCAUUAAAAAGCUACACAAUCACUGCACGAGAGGAUGGCUUUGUCUUGUCUGUGUAAUAAAGUAAGGAAUUUUUAUCAUUUA